CUGUACUUUGCAGGCUCAGUUGACAGACAGACAGCAUUUACCUGAGUGAGUGAGUGAGCGAGUGGGUCGCAAGCUCAACCUCAUUGUCCAGUUCUCACCAAUAAUCAGCUAACCACUACUGCUUCGUACACAGUACAGUGGCAUCAUAAACAACAACGUCCAUACAUACAACAACAAACCCACCCACCCACCAAUCCCAACCACACCUCCCCUCCAACACAACACACACACACACACACACACAACAUGAGCAACGAACUCACAUCGGCGACGGCCUUCUCGCCCUCGCUCGAGGCCAUCCGCCUCGCGGCGCAGAUGUACAACGCCGCCCGCGAGGGCAACAAGCAGGUCCUCGAGGAGGCCAUCGCCACGGGCCUGCCGGCCAACCUCACAAACGAGAAGGGUGACACACUGCUCAUGCUGGCGGCGUACUACGGCCAUGCGGAGCUGGUCAGGUUCCUCAUCCAGAACGGGGCCGACCCCAACCGGCUGAACGACAAGCGCCAGAGCCCGCUGGCUGGUGCUGUCUUUAAGAGGCUGGAUGAUGUUGUAGAGGUCCUCGUAGAGGGCGGCGCAGACCCAGACUACGGCACCCCGUCGGCCCUCCAGUGCAUCGUCAUGUUCAAGCAGGAGGACAAGUGGAGGGCAAAGUUCGAGUCCGCCCCCGGCCGGGGCAAGGCCUCGGAGCCUGAGGCGGAGGCGCAGGAGGAGAGGGCCCCCGAGCGGAUGAAGUAGACCCCGUUGAACCCACACACAGCCUGCCGAUUGAAUUGUCUUUUUUUCUUUUCUAGCAUGGCAUCAAUGGAAUUGUUCUUUUUUGAAA